AUGGACGAAUUCUACAAUUAUCAUGAAUACGCUUGCCCGGAAAAUGAUAAUAUAAUAAUCACACACCAUCCUAAUCCAUAUACGUCUGAUGGAACACGUGUUGUUCGAAUCCCACUACUACCUGAGCCUUCCUAUCCGCAAUUCAGCACCCAGUUACCUGGGAAUGAGCCUGCAGCAAUACCAAGUGAUGCUAAUCAUUUUAGGGGGAUAUACACAUGGAAAGGGCAACACUUCGGAAUGGGGUCGAUUUCACCACUAUCGAAUUACAUUACACGAGCUGAAUUUGAAAGUAUUGUCACUAAAAUCAAUAGCCUAUUAUGGGAGAGGUUUGGGAAUACAUGGUUCAACUUCUGGUGGGUUAUUAUCAACAUGCUUAUGUACGACUUGCCAAGGGGUAGUGUUCGAAUAUGGACGUUCCUCACGGGCACUAAAGACAAGCUUGAGAGCUACAUCAAUGAAGUUAAUAAAAGGUUUGAUCGAGAAGAUAGAAACAUAAGGAUAGUUUCACCCGAGAAAAACGGGUUUGUAAGUUUGGACUGGAUAAUACCUAGCCAAGCUGCUUGA